UCACCAGGGAGGCCACAGGGUGUUCCCUCAGAUAAGUCGGAGCCUCUAUCCUCCUGCUCUUGCCCCAGAGAUCUCCCAGCUCUACUAGCUGGCUUGUGGGCAAGGCUGAGUCUCCUGAGGACACAUGGAAUUGGUCCAGGACACCUCCCGCCCGUCACUGGUAGAUAUGAAGGGCAUACCAAUGAUCAAGUACUUUGCAGAAGGGACAAGGCUGCUACAGGACUUCCAGGCCCGCGAUGACGACCUGCUUGUCAGCACAUACCCCAAGUCAGGCACCACUUGGGUGAGUGAGAUACUGGACAUAAUCUACCAGGGUGGUGAUUUGGAGAAGUGUCGCCGGGCCCCCAUCUACAUGAGGGUGCCUUUCCUUGAGUUCACAAGCCCAGGUGUUCCCUCAGGUCGAGAGGCUCUGGAAAGCGCCGAACCCCCCCGGCUCCUCAAGACACACUUGCCCCUGGCCCUGCUCCCCCAGAGCCUGCUGGACCAGAAGGUCAAGGUCAUCUACAUUGCCCGCAAUGCAAAGGAUGUGGCCGUCUCCUAUUAUAACUUCCACCUCAUGGCCAAGGUGCACCCUGACCCUGGCACCUGGGACAGCUUCCUGGAGAAGUUCAUGGAUGGGGAAGUGUCCUAUGGGUCAUGGUACCAGCAUGUGCGGGAGUGGUGGGAGCUGCGCCACACGCACCCUGUGCUGUACCUCUUCUAUGAAGACAUGCAGGAGAACCCCAAAAGGGAGAUUCGAAAGAUCCUGGACUUUCUGGGGCGCUCUGUGCCUGAGGAAACCAUAGAUCUCAUUGUCCAGCACACAACCUUCAAGGAGAUGAAGAAGAACCCUAUGACUAAUUACACCACUAUACCCAGUCACCACAUGGACCACAGUGUUUCCCCAUUCAUGAGGAAAGGCAUCACAGGAGACUGGAAAAACACCUUCACUGAGGCCCAGAACAAGCGCUUUGAUGCCCACUAUGCUGACAAGAUGGCAGGCUGUGACCUCACCUUUCGUUAUCAGAUUUAACUAUAUUACCAGGAGUUACUUCAGAGCAGUUUGAACAAACCUAUUGUUCGCAUUCCCUCUCUACCAGCCCCUCCCACUCCUUCAUAAAGCACUCUCUGGGGGGCUCCCACCAGCUCCUUUGGGACAGGUGGGCACUCCCACUCUCCACCAGACCUAGCUGCACAUGCAGAGUACCUCCCACUUCUAGCCCUGGAGUUACAAGGAUCCACCUGGAUGGGGACAGGUGCUGUAUUGCUCCCUCUCCCAUGGGGAAGAUGGCCCCUCUGAUAAACCUCCUUCUGUA